CCAGCCACUCUGCAAUUACAGGCAGGAGCAUCCAUUAGUCGGACAUGUCGGGCUUGAAUCAGCACUACCAGGACUACUACCUGUUGCCGGGCACAUAUUCCUAUCCACUGGCCACGUCCGCCACACCAACGGUCAGCGCCUAUCUGCCCAACUACGAUGAGAUGUCCUGGCUGGUGCCAGAGAACAGCACGGCCACCUAUGUGGCCACGCCCCUCGGCGUGAUCAACUAUCUGUCCGAUCUGCAGACCCAAAUGGCCUUUCCCACGCCGCAGAAUCUGAGCAGCGGCCUCAUCUAUGCGGUUCUCAAUCCGGUGCAGCAGCAUGUACCCGUGGCAGUGCCCUUGCCACUGCCGGCCUAUCCCCAGGCGGUCUAUGGCUUCAGCCAAGAGCACCACCAGCCAGUGGAGCAGAUUCGUUAUUACCGCUUGCUCACCAUGUCUGAGGAGGAGGUGGAAGAGGAGCAGGAGGAGGAGGAAGAGGAGGAUAACUCCACACAACUGCAGCCAGAAGAAGACUCAACGCAGGGCGCUGGCGAAUCCGCACAGGAGCCAGCAGCAGCUGUGCCAGCGCCUGGCAAACGCAAGCGAAUCUACCAGGCAGAGGAGGGCUAUCUGGUUGAGGAGCCCACAUCCUCGGAGGACGAACAGGACGAGCGCAGGGAGGAGCCCAACAACGCAGAAGCAGCAGCAGCCACCCUUUCGCUGGACACUCGCCAAAGACGCUGACAAAAUCGAAGCUUUGCCUUGUGUGUAAUGUAAUGUACACACGGAAUGUACGUUGUACCCUGGCAAGGAAUUGUUUUAUUCAUAUUUAUAGUUACAAUUGAAAAAGUGAUACAUCUCCA